AUGUGUGUGUGUGUGUGUCUGUGUCUGUGUGUGUAUAUGUGUAUGUGUAUGGGGUUAGCUGGAGUGUUGCAGAAUGUUUGAAAAACUUUUCAUCUCGCUGUUUCUCCUCCUUGUUUCCAACCAUGAGCCCGCAGAUGCACAGAAGAAAAAAGAGACCCUGCUGUCCGAGAAGGUGACUCAGAUGAUGGAUUGGGCCUCCAAGCGGUCAGUAAUCAGGAUGAAUGGAGAUAAGUUCCGCCGCUUUGUCAAAGCUCCUCCCAGAAACUACUCGGUGGUUAUCAUGUUUACGGCACUGCAGCCACAGAGACAGUGUGGAGUCUGCAGACAAGCUGAUGAGGAGUUCCAGGUGCUGGCCAACUCUUGGCGUUAUUCCUCUGCCUUCACCAACAAAGUCUUCUUUGCAUGUGUCGAUUUUGAUGAAGGAUCAGACGUCUUUCAGAUGCUUAGUAUGAAUUCUGCUCCAACCUUUCUCCACUUCCCAUCCAAAGGAAAACCUCGCAAGUCUGAUACCUAUGAGCUGCAAGUCAGAGGCUUUGCAGCUGAGCAGCUGGCUAGAUGGGUGGCAGACAGAACUGAUGUGCAGAUCCGUGUUAUUCGUCCUCCCAACUACGCUGGACCUCUCCUUCUGGGCUUCCUCUUGGCUGUGAUUGGAGGACUGGCAUAUCUGCGAAGACACAAUUUGGAAUUUCUCUUUAACAAGACUGUCUGGGCAUUUUCUGCGCUGUGUUUUGUCCUGAUCAUGACUUCAGGCCAGAUGUGGAACCACAUCAGAGGACCACCUUAUGCACACAAGAACCCCAGCACGGGACAAGUUAGUUACAUCCAUGGCAGCAGUCAGGCCCAGUUUGUGGCUGAGACGCACAUCGUCCUCCUCUUCAAUGCUGCUGUUACCAUGGGAAUGGUGCUGCUGUGUGAGGCUGCUACCUCUGACCUGGACAAUGGAAAGAGGAAGAUCAUGUGUGUAGCAGGUAUUGGAUUGGUGAUGCUAUUCUUCAGCUGGCUGUUAUCCAUUUUCAGAGCAAAGUACCAUGGAUACCCAUACAGUUUCCUGAUGAGUUAGAGCUGCAAGCUGCGUUAUGAGAAGGAAUUUCCCCAAAGUGCAGUGAACAAGGAGGAUGCUUUUCAGAGCAAUGGCACAUUUCUGUUUGCUAAGCUAAGGCUGUGUUUGAAUCUGUUGAGCCAAAGGCUGUGUUUGAACCCAUAUAUAAACAUACUAAGGGUGUAACAAUUGUUGAAAUCCAUGAUUAAAUUCGACUUUUGAUUUUAA